AGCAGCUAAACGUGUCGUCCGAUUCUAUGGUAUACUCGUUUGCGGAAUACAAAAUUCGUGGAAGUGAAUAAAAAUUGCAAAUUCAAAUAAUUUGAAUGUGAAAUGAACCUGGCCUCCUGCGAGUGCUGCUUUCUUGAAACAAAUCAAAAUCAACACUGGUGACAUCAAUUGAAUACCAGGAAUCCAGUGCAGUUGGAGUUCGAAUACAUACAUAUCAUUUUACAACUCAUUCCCACUCAGUUUCGAUCAAAAUGUUUCGACAAUUCAUAGACUUCACAAGCCGGUACAAAAUUAUCCGUGGCAUGCUCUCGUAUGGAAUGCUGUGGCCUUGCGGUUGCCUCAUCGAACAGACACUAUUCGAAAAACGGACAUUCCGCAAUUAUGACUGGAUGAAAUGCCUCAAGUUCAGUUUGUUUGGUGGUCUUUUUAUGGGGCCCACUAUUUACAUGUGGAUACGCCUAGCCGGUGUCAUGUGGCCCCGCACCGACAUUAAGUCAUCACUUUGCAAAGCCAUUACCGAGCAGGCGGCCUACGAUCCGUUUGCGAUAAGCACCUUCCUCUUUGCUAUGAGUCUCAUGGAUGGCCGAAAGUACGAGCAGGCCAAGCAGGAGGUGCGGGAUAAAUUCCUCGACGCAUACCGGGUUGGCAUCAUUUAUUGGCCCUGCGUGCAAACGGUGAAUUUCGCGUUCGUGCCGCCUCGUAACCAAGUUGUGUUCACCUCGUUUUUCAGCAUGUGCUGGACUACAUUUCUGACGUACGUGAAGUAUUUGCAGACACAGCCAGUGGAAUUCGAACAUCCUGUAGUCGAUUUACACUUUCACUUUACACAUUAGUCCCAUGCUAUAGACGCUGCUGGAUGGCGGGAAUAUAAGCGUAAAUGUAGAUUACGACUGUAAAAACCUUUCUUUAA